UGAGACAUGGAAGCGUCCAGCGACAGGCUUUUCUGCUGUAGCUGGCUGCGCCGCAGGGUUCCCUCGCCCCACAGGGAGGAACUGUACCACAUCCUGAGGAUGACGGGGCCUCUGCUGCUGUCUCGAAUCCUCAAUUACCUCCUGCCUUUUGUGGUCACAAUGUUCUGUGGGCGUCUGGGAAACGACGUGAUGGCCGGCUACGGCUUGGCUUCUGCUACCAUUAAUGUCACCACUGCAGCCACAGGCUACGGUCUGGGACUGGCGUGUGAUACUCUCAUAUCUCAGACGUUUGGGGGCAGGAAUCUGCUGCAGGUGGGGGUGAUCCUCCAGAGGAGCGUCAUCAUCCUGCUGCUGUUCUGCCUGCCCUGCUGGGGGCUGCUCAUCAACGCACAGCCCGUCCUGCUGUGUGUGGGGCAGGACCCUGAGGUGGCCAGAAUUGCUCAGCUCUAUAUAACAGCUUUUCUUCCCGCUGUGCCAGCAAUGUUUCUACACAACCUUCAGGUGUCUUACCUGCAGAACCAGGGUAUAAUCCUGCCACAACUCUACUCUGCCGCUGUGGCAAACGUAGCAAAUGUGGCCACAAACUAUUUCUUGCUUUACUGGCUGAACCUGGGAGUCAGUGGCUCUGCUGCGGCAAACACUCUGUCUCAGAUAUACAUCUGUUCUUUUCUGUUCGCUUAUAUCCGGUGGAAGAGGCUGCAUGUAAAAACAUGGGACGGCUGGUCUGUGGAAUCACUACAGAACUGGGGCUCCUACAUGAAACUGGCCCUUCCCAGUACCUUAAUGAAGUGUUUUGAGUGGUGGGUUUAUGAACUUGGUGGCUUCUUUGCAGGAAUGUUGAGUGAGGACGAGCUGGCAGCUCAGCACGCUGUGAUAAUGAUCGCUUUCAUCACCUACAUGUUUCCACUCGGUCUUCAAGCAGCGACGUGUGCUAGAGUGGGGAACGCUCUGGGCGCAGGGGACCAGGCCAGGGCCCUUCUGACCAGCAAGGUGUCCCUCUGUCUUGCAGCUACCUUUGCGGUUGUGGAAGGAGUCGUGCUGGGCUCCUCCAAGACGGUGAUCGGCUUCAUCUUCACGUCCGACGAGAAGAUCAUAGGUCUGGUCUCUCAUUUGAUGAGCGCCUACUGUUUCCUUCAGUUCUUUGAUGGACUUGUGGGGGUUUGCACUGGCAUCUUCUUGGGCACAGGCAAGCAGAAGAUACCUGCUGUGGCUAACUUUGUGGGAUACUACUGCAUAGGCCUCACACUGAGUGUCACUUUCAUGUUUGUUGCAAAACUGAGAGUUUUAGGUUUUUGGCUGGGACUGCUGGUUUGUGUCAUUUUGCAAUCAACUUUCUACAUCAUAGUUAUCUUCAGACUGAACUGGGAGAAAGUGACAGAGGAGGCUGUGAAACGAGCUCAGAAAACCACCAACAUGACAUUAAUAAGCCCCUCUGGGCUCACGGACACUGAGGGAACUGCUGCAGGUCAGACGGCCUACAAUGAAAAAUCAACAGAUGGAUACAUAUGUAUCAGUACAGAGGAUCAGGAUGGCCAUGCUGAAAGGCCAGAUGGCCGUGAGGUCGGACAGACAGACUGCCGCCUCUCCACCACUCAGCUGAUCAUCCGCAGAGGCCUCGCCGUGUUAGCUGCGGUGGCUCUGCUAGCUGUCGGAGCGGUCGUGCACUUCCUUGUUCCUUUGCCAGAGUUCCGGUCUGCAGAGGGCAACGGCACCGCGGCAGGUCGGAUCAAUGCAACCCAACCUCCUGAUCCAAUUUACUCCACUGUGCUGGUCCCUAAUGGACAGUCAAAGUGA